UCACUUCCUAAAGAGGACAUGUGUUAUUUAUAUCGGCCAGUAGACAACGGCACGGAUCAUCUACAAAAGGCCUCCGUCUGAACUUGAUUGUUCAGCUGCAGUUCAGGAGUCUGUCAUUGUUCUGCGCGCCUCCAUCCUACGACAGCCAUGGCACCCAAGAAAGCAAAGAAAAGGGCUGCAGAAGGAGCAAACUCCAAUGUCUUCUCCAUGUUCGAACAGGCUCAGAUCCAGGAGUUCAAAGAGGCGUUUACCAUUAUGGAUCAGAACAGAGAUGGAUUCAUUGACAAAAAUGAUCUGAGAGAUACCUUUGCAGCUCUAGGACGUCUGAAUGUGAAACAAGAAGAAAUUGACGACAUGUUGAAGGAGGCAUCCGGGCCAAUCAAUUUUACAGUUUUCCUUACUAUGUUUGGAGAGAAACUCAAGGGUGCUGAUCCAGAGGAAACCAUCCUAAACGCUUUUAAAGUUUUCGAUCCGGAGGGAAAUGGAAUUCUGAAGAAGGAAUAUGUUACAGAGAUGUUGACCACACAAGCAGACAGAUUUUCUCCAGAAGAGAUGGAGCAGAUGUUUAUCGCCUUCCCUCCAGAUGCUAUGGGAAACCUGGACUACAAAAAUCUGGUUCAUAUCAUUACACACGGAGAGGACAAGGAUCAGGAAUAGUUUAUUAGCAGCUCUUACUAUAUGUUUGUACCCACCCAUUUAUUUAUGAUUGACAGACUUUACCAUGUGAAUAAAGUCAUUUUUAGUUACUAAAA